GUUGCGCAAAGUGGACGCGUGUUCGAAUUCGUCUCCGGUCAGAGGACCUCCGCACGGACACAGGAGCGGUUUUCAGUUGUGUGCCAGUUGUAGAGUCAGGUAGUACGAAGCAGAGGAAAAUCGGAAAACCGCGUGCAUGCGAAGAGGGUUUGUUGCCCGACGCAACAGGCUGACAGAAAUUUGUCCUUUGAAAACCACCUGUUGUUGGCUGGAAAGAGUUUCAGGACGUACAAAAUCUCGUGUUUUUUCCCCUAUCGCGGCAACAAACGACAGACUCUGCGCGUUGUUGCGAAUUGAAGCCUGCGUUUCGUGACAUCAACAGCGGGAGUUCCCAAGUGCUGCCCAAGGAUACAGAUAUCUCACAGCGAAACGUCUGUUUACAAUGAAAACAGCCAAUCCAACCUGUGUGUGCCGAUUGUAUUGAUGUCGAGUGUUCGCAGAAUCUCCCCCAGCGAGAAAAUAGAAUCUAUUCAUGGUGGUGUUCUGCUAAAAGUUUUGCUGCUUCAUGUUAGAUAAAUAUGGUUGAUGUGUAAAAUUUAGAGUAAAUAUUUUCUGUGCAAACUCAGUGCCCGUGUGUGUGUAUGUGUCUCCCUAGUCGACUAUUUCUAAAUUAUCGACCACAGCGUCUUAGGAUAACGAAGAUAACCACAAAUUUUUGUGAAGAUUGCAUCCCCCCCCCUGUAAAAAACGGCCAUCACUGCCCGAGUGUUUCCCUCGGUAGUCGGGGAUUUGUUAUCAGUGUUUAGAUACUAAAGCGGCAGAUUUAUUUAGUGCAACCAGUGCGCGUUCGCCGCCGCGGCUCACCUGGGAAAAAAAAAUGUGGCGGAAAAUGUUCAAUGAUUCAUGUAAAUGUCGGCGUUUCAAGUAAAUAUACGGUAGUCGGAGAGGUGCGUGUUUGUUCUGUGCACAGUAGGCUGCUUCGGCUACUGCAAUAUACAUAAAUAUUUCUGUUUGGCGUAAAUUUGUAGCCGGCGCGUGGAAGCUGUGUGGGUUCGUCGUGAGUGGGAAUAUUCUUGGGUACUGUGUUUUCUGUGUUUUUUUUUCAUAUUUCAAUUAUGAGCAACGAGAACUUUGUGAACACAUAGUUGGCGGCGAACGAUCGAUCAUCGGGUCGAUGUGCUGUCAAUGUUUUAAGCUAUAUGGCGCUCUGUCACCGAAAAAACGUUAACCGUAAUGACUACUAGCCACUACUGCCGAAAAGAAUUUUUCAGUCGCUGUUGUCUCUUCUAUAUUGGCUGUUAAGGAAAACCUAAGUGAAGCAUUCCACGCUCCAGUUCUCGAAAUACACCGACAGGAGAACAAGAACGAGGAGUGACAAACCCUCUCGUAGUGACAACAAUUUCGUGCCGAGGACCGCCAUGACAUCGCCAUUGCCGCUGCUCCGUUCGUUCUCGACUGAAAACCAAAACCGUGACUGGUGUAAGCGAUUUUCUCUACGUGCCAACCGGAAGAAUGUCACCGAUGGAAGGCUGGACUUCGCGAACCUGCGAAAGAACAAAUUCGCCCGCCGCUGUUCCUCGCUGCGGCAAACUCCGCCGGACCAGACCAGCGUGACCCUGGAGCUGGAAAGUGCUUCCCCCGCCCAUUCGAUGCCGGUGGUACACGAGGUCAAUUCUCCCAAAAAGCCCAAGUGGGAGGUGAUUGAGCAUUUCAAAAGCUCCGGCCGUGGUCCGGAAUCGAUCAGCAGCAGUUUGAUUGCGGCCGGAGUGACGGCUUUCAAUCUAGAUGACACCACAUCCAAUUAUUCCGGAACGGCGUCGGUACGGAAGAAGAGUUUCCAGAUUUACGGAGCUGCUGUCCCAGACGAACUCGAGCCACUGAAUAAUGGCGACCGAAAUGGCACUGGCAGCAUCGAUGGGGUGUGCGAUUCCACGCGGUGCUGGAGUCACGUCAAGUGUUUGUUCAACGGAAUCAUCUGUUCGCAUAAAUUUAAGAAUGUUCAGGUGGAGAUGCUGUACCAGCGCUACUUCCUCCGGAUGAACCAGAGCAAUGCGGUGCACAUCGUGUGGCUCCUGUUAGGAUUAAUUUUCAUCUUAGCGUUAAUACAUCUGGUGUUCACCUUUAUUCUGCAGCAGUCGCUCCAGAGUUGCUACGGACUCGACGGCACGAGCCGCCCCCUCGAUGGUUGGAAUUCAUCAUCGUCGUCGUCGUCGUCGUCGUCGUCGCAAGCGAUAUCAAGAUUAUCCCCGUCGGUCGAACCGCUGCCCGAGCAACUUCCGCCGGGGCUAUUAACGGGGGCAAUCACCAACGGUAGCUAUCACCCUUCGCGGCCCCCGGCAACGGACCGGACCGGAGGUGAUGAGCUGGAAAGAAAAACGGCUGCCGCUAUUUCCAGUGCCACGCGUAGUAAUGCCAUCAUCAGUGACACCGGGUGGAACGACGGUACAAUCAUCGGUGAUCCGCACGAAGGUGGCAAGCGGAAGGCGGCCGCUCGAACAAGUGAAAGUUUUCACGGUAAAUUGUUUCCUACCGUCGCCGACGAUGCCGCUCCUGCCGGAGUGGUUUCCCGAGGUGACGAACACGAUGACAGUGUUAACACUGCUGUAAUUAAUCACGACGGUACGAUUGAGGGGACAGCCGGGCUCGAUGUGUGGCAAAGUCGUCGAAGAAGAAGAAGGAAACGAAGACGAAGCCGGCUGGAAAGUGAUAACGCUGGGGACAAUUCAUUGGUUGGACAGGAGGAGGAAAAGGAGAAAGAGAAAAAUGUGAACCGCAGCUCUACCAACAAUCCGGGCACCUUCAAGUCAAUCGCUAUCGCCUCCAUCGACGGUGAAAAUUACAACGAAACUGAUGACAUCGGCCAAUGGCUUGCGGGAACGAGCGCGGCCGGCACCGAUCCAACCCUGCCUGCCAUCGUAAUUCCGAACAAUCAAACCGACGGAAAUCUAUGCAGUCGUGAUUAUUUCACCCUGCUGAAGGACAACAUGACCCAGCUGAUUCUUAUCGGGAUAUGUGCGACCGUCUAUGCCGUACUGCUGAUGUGCCUCUACAAGCAACGGAUCAACGAGAUUUACCUGUUUCAGGUGUCCUACGUCGUGAUGGUGACUCUGCUGGCGCUGGACGUCUGCUUCAGCUUCACCGCUUCCAUCAAAAAGUUCACAUCGUCUGGAGGGUGUACCGUGAUUGCGAUCUACAUCAUUUACACAAUGCUUCCGAUUCGGCUGCGAGAAGCCGUCGUUGGUGGGACUCUGCUCUCGCUGACGCACGUCCUGCUGACGUUUUACAUGAACGAUACCGACGAUCACGAGGUGCUAUACGCGGACCUCAUCACGCUGGCUUGCACCAAUGCGACGGGCAUUCUGCUGCACUGGCCGAAGGAGAAAUCGCAGCGAAACGCAUUCAUGGAGACCCGGCAGUGCGUUGAAGCUCGACUCCGCAUUCAGCGCGAAAAUCAGAAACAGGAACAACUGCUUCUGUCCGUUCUUCCGCGGCACGUUGCAAUGGAAAUGAAGAACGACAUCGCCGGGCAACCCCGGGAGGAAGCUCAGUUCCACAAGAUCUACAUCCAACGGCACGAGAACGUGAGCAUUCUGUUUGCUGACAUUUGCGGAUUCACCAGCCUCUCGGAUCAGUGCACGGCCGAGGAGUUGGUUCGGUUGCUGAACGAGUUGUUCGCCCGAUUUGAUCGGUUGGCCCAGGAACAUCACUGUUUGCGGAUCAAGCUGCUGGGUGAUUGCUACUAUUGUGUGUCCGGACUGCCGGAAGCAAGACCGGAUCAUGCGAUGUGUGCCGUCGAGAUGGGACUGGACAUGAUCGAUGCCAUUGCGUUGGUCCGAGAGGUCAUGGCGGUCAACGUGAACAUGAGGGUAGGAAUUCACACGGGGCGGGUUCACUGUGGAGUGCUGGGACUGCGGAAGUGGCAGUUCGAUGUGUGGUCAAAUGACGUAACGCUAGCGAAUUAUAUGGAGAGUGGCGGAGUUCCGGGACGAGUUCACAUCACCAAAGAAACGCUCAAAUCGCUUGGUGAUCAUUACGAAGUGGAACAAGGAAACGGAGCCGAUCGGAACAACUACCUGAAAGAUCAUCAAAUCCAAACUUAUCUGAUAGUUCCUAAGGAAUCGUACCGAGCGCAUACCAUGUCUAAACAAUCUUCAUCCGUGAAUGGAAACGUUUCCAAGGAACUGCGAAUGAUGGGUCAUUGGUCCAAGAUGGGCUUCAACGAUAAGCAAGAGCCUAAAAGCACUGAGGAAGAGGUCAACGAGUACUUGAUCAAGGCGAUCGAUGCAAGAUCGAUCGACAGGCUUCGGCUGGAUCACUGCAAGCGCUUCCAUCUGACCUUCAUCAAGGAUGACAUCGAACGGAAGUACUGUCGGGAACCGGACCCGAUGUUGAACGUUUACUUCUACUGCAGUAUUAUUAUCUUUUUCGGGAUCAUGUCGAUCCAGGUGCUAAUAUUUCCAAUGGAUCAGCCCAGUUACUGGGUUUACGGUAUUUUGACCGUAGCUUUGCUAGUGACUUGUGUUCCUGUUUUCUCUAGAGAAGAUACAAAAAUUUCCAAUUUCUUCCGCGUGAUAUCGCAGAAAAUCCACGGCCACCGGGAGAUUGCCCAAGUGAUAUCGUUAUGCGUUGUCAUUACUGUGAUAUGUUUGUCUUACUAUAAACUGACAUUUAUAUUUUAUCUAUCGCUUUCGGAAGAGUACUUUGUAAUUCGGCCUAAUAACUGUAAAGAGUCUAAGAUAUUCAAUAUUCUGCUACUUCUAACCUUGCUUGCCUUACUGACCUGUGCGGUCCAUCAGUUCAUUAAGAUUCUGUUCAAGAUCGUCCUGCUGGUGGUUAUUCUAAUUUGUUACGUAGCAUCCAUCGUCAUCCUGGCGGUGAUUUUCGAUCGCCAUUGCGAACCAUGGUUUCUUACCACUGAACGAUUCCUGAUCGAUGUGGCCUUUCUGGUGGUGUUUGUGAUUGGCCAAAUUAUGCACAGCCAGCAGACGGAGAUAACGCGCCGGUUGGAUUACAUCUGGAAGCUGCAGGCCACCGAAGAGAAGGAGGACAUGGAGCACCUGCAGGCGUACAAUCGGAAGCUGCUGGCAAACAUCCUGCCGGUACACGUGGCCGACCAUUUUUUGCGGCGCGAAAAGAAUAUCGAGGAAAUUUACUACGAACAGUGCGACCGAGCGUGCGUCGUGUUCGCCUCGAUUCCUAACUUUUCCGAAUUCUACAUCGAACUCGAGGGAAACAACGAGGGUGUCGAGUGUUUGCGGCUUCUGAACGAAAUAAUCGUCGAUUUUGACGAACUGCUGGCCCAGGAUCGGUUCCGCCAGGUGGAGAAAAUUAAAACGACCGGAUCGACUUACAUGGCCGCUUCCGGUUUGACAUUGACCGGAGCCGAUACGGCCGAAUCGGGUCACGUUACGGCGAUGCUCGACUAUGCCCUCGAGCUGUUCCAGAAGAUUACCGACGUGAACGAGCAUUCCUUUAAUAAUUUUAGGAUGAGAAUCGGGAUAAACAUUGGCCCGGUGGUAGCGGGCGUGAUCGGAACUCGCAAACCACAGUACGACAUCUGGGGUAAUGCGGUGAACGUAGCUUCCAGGAUGGAAUCCACCGGACUGAUGGACCACAUUCAGGUGACGGAGGACAUCUACGAGAUCGUGAAAGACCAAGGCUACAGCCUGACCUGCCGAGGGACGAUCAAUGUCAAGGGCAAGGGCACGAUGGUCACCUAUCUGAUGCCGGGCAUCGUGAAGGAGCCGAACUAAAAGGCGGAAGAUUAUUGUUUUCGUUAGGUGCUAUCGAAUAGGUUAACUUACGUUGAAAUUUACCGCGAUACUGAAAGUAUUCUAAGACAUAUCAAAAACUAUUCAAUCAACGGUUGGUGAACCGAUCUAUCAAAAAAAGAGUGAAUUAGUAUAUGCUCAAACCGGCAGUCCUAGAAUAUGUCAAACUGAACUUCGUUUAGCUUUACCGAACCUAUGUACAAAUCAAUUAGUGUUAGCACUCUAAAGUUUAGUUUAACGACAGCAGUUUAAUUGCACAUACAUACAAACACAGACAUACACGCGCGCAAACAGAUCUGAAACAUUUCAUCUUGAUACGUAGAUCUAUGCGAAUAAGCUUCCGGCAGCUGAGUCUCACAUCGUCGUUCAAAAGGCGUGACUUUCGGAAGUUUGCACUUAGUGGAACUUACAUGCGACGGAAGGCUUGUUUCCAUAAUGUCGAGUCGUUGCAAAAGGCGCAUUUAGAGUAGACCUCGUUAUUCGGAAAUUACUAACCUAAAACGCAAUGGAAGGUGAUUUUUUGCUGGUAUUUUUCUGGCAACACUGUUUUUGACAGAUUACCCGUGAAUCAUGAACUUUUUAUCGAAAAAUUGUGUUCAGCGACGAAGCUAAACGAAGCUAAAAUUUCUGGUUACAUGGAUUUGUCAACAAGCAAAAUUGCCGCAUCUGGAGCAGAGCUAAUAAAAGUCAUUUUCAUUGACUCAAAAUAGACGAAAAUGACGAGAAAUUAAUGUCACUCUCAGUUUCGCACGGAAACUAUGAGAACAAAAUCCAUGUCCAGUCAAUGACAUAAGCGGAACAGUAGUUUCACUUUCAACAUUGUGUUCUUUCUUUCAUUUGCCCUUUCAGUCAUUUGCGGCUUUCAGUGAAAAUCCCACAGUAUGCAGUGUCGGUACUCAACCGAAGCUAUGAGAAUCGAAAAUAACAGGAAAAGGUUUCACAAUGACUUUUACCUGUUGGUGCUCGAAUUUGUAGUAGUUUUGGUUUCCAAAGAGGUUCUGGAAUGUAAUUACUUCGAUUUGUCAUAUUUUAGUCUUUCGUUAUAGCCAAGCGUAAUAGAUUUUCAAUACAUCGAUGAAAGAAUGAGAAUAGAAAUUUUGCUGAUGCUCUCUGCAGACAUAGUUUGGGUUCGUCUUGUCCAGGCACUUACCCAGAGAGGGGGGGCCUCCUCCCGAAAUCGUACACUUUCAACGAUUCAUAUAUAUUCAUACUAUUUAAACAUUCAGUUUUCAUACAUAUUAUAAUGCUUAAAAUCUGUUUUGCCUUUCUCAUAUAGAAAGGUUAUGCAAUCACUGUGAAAACCGACUUUUGAACCGAGGCCCGGAGGGCCGAGUGUCAUAUACCAUUCGACUCAGUUCGUCGAGUACGCAAAAUGUCUGUGUGUGUAUGUGUGUGUGUGUGUGUGUAUGUGUGUGUGUAUGUGCGUAUGUGAGUAUGUAACGUUUUUUUGCACUAACUUUUCUCGGAGAUGGCUAAACCGAUUUUCACAAACUUAGAUUCAAAUGAAAGGUCUUGUGAUCCCAUACAAAAUUCCUGAAUAUUAUUUGGAUCCGACUUCCGGUUCCGGAAUUAUGGGGUAAAAUGUGCAAAAAAUUGUGAAAAUAAGUGCACUAACUUUUCUCAGAGAUGGCUGAAUCGAUUUUCACAAACCUAGAUUCAAAUGAAAGGUCUUGAGGUCCAAUACAAAAUUCCUGAAUAUUAUUUGGAUCCGACUUCUGGUUCGAGAGUUAUGGGGUAAAAUGUGGAAAAAAAAGAAAACAUGUGUUUUAACUUUUCUCAUAGAUGGCGCGACCGAUUUUCACAAACUUAGGUUCAAAUGAAAGGUCCUGUGGUCCGAUGCGUUAUUCCCGAAUUUCAUGCGGAUCCGACUUCCGGAUCCGGAAAUAUAGGGUAAAGUGUGUUAAAAAAUUGUACACCAUCACUUAAAAUGGGGAAAACCUUAAAAAGUUUUCUAAAUCGACCUCAAAUCUUUUCCAAUUGAUAGUUUUUAUCAGUAGACGGUCAAACAAAUCUAUUUCGAUUAUUCGUUUAAGAAACGAAGAAGAAUAAUUUUGAAGAAUACCACAGUAUUAUAUAGGUAUGAUAGUAUGAUUGAUAUGAGAAAGGCAUCAUUACACCACUAGGUGGAUUAAAACAGGUUUUUCUAACUACUGAUAAUUUAUACAAGUUGCAUUUCAGAAACAAACUAACAAGACCCCUAUCUUUAAGCAAUCUAUAGCACAGUUCCACAUCGUCACAGUUUUCACAUCGUCAACACAAAUGAUAGUUUGAAACUCGUAUGACACUAAGAAUACAAACUGAUUUUCAUUUUUUUAGAAAACAUUUUUGGGAGGCAAAAGAGGAAUGAAUAUUUUGGUGUUGGUGCUCCUUCAGAUUUUUCCGUGAAGUAGUGGAUAUCCUGCUGCUGUGUGCUAAACGCGCAUACUCAGGACUAAAAAGAUGAACGCGAGCACAUUUCGGAUGCAUUUUCGGUUAUGGUGAUUAGAUUCGGUUGAACAUUUGGUGUCGGUUGGAAAUUGUUUACGAAACCAGGGUCCAUUAUUAUACGCCAGAUAACAGAAAGAUUAUCCAACAAUGGUCUGACGUCGGUAUGAGUGCUCCGAUGCGGUCUAGGGAGAUUGAAUAGAGCGGAAAGUUCAUGAGGUCGAUUCUCUGGGAAUGUCACGGUGAAAUUUUCGAGGACUACCUCGAAAAAGGCAAAAUACCAUUGGAAGCAAAUAUAAGUGUGCCAUAUAGGAGCGAUUGAAAACCGAAAAAAAAUGGAUCGCCUGAGUUUCAUUUUGAAGUUCUGACCGCUACUUACGGAACCAGAAUCCGCCAAGACUCAUCUACUAAUAUGACCUACAAAUUGGAGUAAUUUUGAUGCGUGUCAAAAAGAUCUAUACAGUGAAUUUUUUUGAAGUAGUGUAUGCAGAUGAUCUCAAAAAAUAUCGUAUCAUCCUAAGCCUUGAAAUGGACAUUGAAAGGGUCUUAUAAAUAUGUGUUCAGAACGGCAUCCUCUUUGUUUUCGUCAUUGCGAAAGCCUAUGACUUCAACGAUGUGUAUUGCCUCUAUAAUGUUUAUAUUCAGUAUUCUGGCGUUUUUGCAUACGGAGUUACAAUUGCUCUCAUAAACCAACAUGUUUCGCAAAAUAGAUGAGUAUAUCUUUAAUAUCUCUUUGUUUUGAUCAACUCAUUGACUAUUGGUGAAAAUAAUUUUAACGUUCCGGGUAGAUCAGUUUGUAGAGGGAACUUUUUUUCGAAGUUCAAUUUAUCCUAUAGAAUGCGGCCAUGACAAUUUCAUGGAUAUUUGUUAUCACCGUUUCAUUAGUCUUCGUUCGAAUGAAAAAAAUAUUAAUCACAAGCAUGCUAACUCUAAUCAAAGAAAAUGAGGAAACAUAAACAUAUAUGAUGCUUUAAAAAUUGGAGCACUCAUUAUCCUGCUCCGGAACUGUAAGUCGGAUUCUGUUGAAAUAGCAUAGAAGUCUAUGAAACCUAGAGACUUUCCUUUGAAUUUAUUGUUUCAUUUAGGAAAAUCGUCGUAAUCAUCUCUGGGAAAUCUAUGUAAUCUCAAUUUUGGAGUAUUAGACCGCUACUAAGAAGAUUUUUCUGUUGUACAUCGUAAUUUCUGAUUGCAAAUUGAACUUUUCAAUACUCGUCUCUCUGUAUUUCCAGACCCGGAAGUUGAAUCUCGAUGAAAUUAAAUAUGAUCAUAUGAGACUAGGACUAGGACUUUUUAAUAGAAUAAAAGCUUCUCAGCCAGCUCUGAGAAAUGUGAAUUAUAUUUUGAAAUUUUUGAACGCUUUUUCUGGUGCCUCCGAAACUGCUAUAAUCAACCAAAUUUGCAAACUAGAAGAGUUUACUAAAUAGAUUAAAACUAUUUGACAUCAAUUUGAGUAUCAAUAUGAUAGGAGAAAUGUAAAAGUCCCUUCCCCUCAACACAUAGAACUUGCUGCUUUAAUCCCCCAUAUUUCCGGUGGUAUUAUUCGUGAAAUACCGAUCGAUAUGUUGGAAAGAGUGUGCCGAAAUUGAGCCAUCUAAAGCGGAAAAUUAUAUUGAUCGUUUUAUCGAUUCCAAUAAAGAUUUCAUCAUUUUCUUCAAAUUUUUUUGAAAAUCAAAUGUUAUACCUUCUUAAAAUUAAGGAAGAAAAUUGUUGGAACAUCCAAACAUAUUACGUUUAAAAAAAAAUGUGAUGGAUUCGGCCUAAUGCCAACUUUCUGCAGAGUAAAGGAGGGGAUAUCUUUUUCUAAAAAUAUUCAAAAUAAAAUCCAACAUGAAAUCCCCAAAGAGAAAGUUUAAAAAUUGUUUAGUGUUCAAAACGUUAUAACUUUGAUCUGCUGACCUUCACUUAAAACCAGCAAAACAAUAUUCCCAAGGUUUCGAAAUUUUCGUAAUACUAUAUUCACACCUGCAGAAAAUAACAUGUUUUUACGAUAGUAAUAUAAAGUUAAAACCGCACUGUUUACACUAAGAUUAUGUUAUACGCAGGAUAUAUUACUUGGUAUUGACUUUGUUUAUAAACAAACUGCAAAAAUGCCUACGUCGCAGGUAGAAAAGAAAAAAGUACGUUGAUAACAUCCGGGAAAUAAGAAAUAGGGUACUUCUCCUAGCUAUGGAUGACGUUAGCGUUUUACGCUUAUUACCAACGUUUCGGAGGUUUAUUGCUUCGAAGAAAUAAAUAUUUUUGUACAGCGAAUUUGUACAAAUCACGCGUUUUUUUUAUAACGGUCAAUAAGCCAUCCAUCAAAAAUCACUUUGACGAGUAAUUUCGAAUGACUCGGCAUUUGCUGAGAGUAAGUCAUAAUAGUAAACGGCAAGAUACAGUUUUCUCUUUCGUCUGGUCUUAAAUUUAAUACUCUAUCUUUCAUAGCUCGCUUGCAAUUUCUUUCGUAAGUGAAAGUUGACAGGUUGCUUAUUGACCGUUCUAAAAAAAGUGUGAAAUGACCAAAAAAAAUCACGUCUUAUACUAUGUUCACACUAUGAGGUAAAACAAGUUUUAACUCUGAUUUCAUGUUUUAAGCGAAAUAACAUGUUUUACUUUUGCGUUAUUUCAUAUUCAGAAACGUCACAUUAAAACAUGUUUCCCCGAAAUAACAUGAUAUAAUUGUCAGUAAAGCACAACCCUGCUAGCAUUUUCCGUCACUUUACGACUAUGUCAAUUGACAAGCUGUUCAACAACAGCAGUUUUCCAUCAAAGUAGCCAUGUAAUCAUAAUAAAACAAAACUGGAAACUGAUACCAACGUUGCCAGGUAUACCGAUUUCUCGGUAUUUAUACUGAUUUUUCCCGUCUUUACCGCAAUACAGAUAUGUACUCCCAAAAUACCGAUAACUCACAAAUCAUACAGAUAAGUACCGAUUUUGGUUUUUAGCUUGAAUAGACAAGAGAAAAGGUUGUCGUGGGACCUUUUUGUUUUGCUCACCUCUUGGUGACAUUUUCUACUACUUAUGUAGAAGAGACUCUGAUACCGAUAUGGUACAGAUAGAUUUUUGCGCCGAAUGCAAAUUUUUGGAAAAACGACCUGGCAACGCAGACUGGUACAACCACUUUUGUUUUUGAAUUAAAAGAUAACGUUUUUGAUCAUUUGCUGCUCAAAAAUAUUCGAAACGUUGGCAAUAAGCGUGAAACGAUAAUAUCCUUUAUAGCUAGGAGAAGUACCUGGCUUAUUUCUUAUUUUUCGGAUGUUGUCAAAAUACUUUUUCUUUCCUACCUGCGACGUAGACAUUUUUUGCAGUUUGUUUAUAAACAAAGUCAAUACCAAGUAAUAUCUCAUGAGUAUAACAUAAUCUUAGUGUGAACAGUGCGGUUUUAACUUUAUAUUACUAUCGUUAAAACAUGUUAUUUUCUGCAGGUGUGAACAUAGUAUUAAUACAAAAAACAGAAAUGAUUGUACCAAUUUCCAGUUUCGUUUGAUGACUACUUUGAUGGAAAACUGCUGUUGUUGAACAGCUUGGCAAUUGACAUAGUCAAAAAGUGAUGGAAGCAGCAAUUUUUGGACCGAUUUUAAAACUUUUUUUUUACCAUUAGAAAGUCAAAUUCAUUCGGAAUAAAAUCCAUUUGAAACGAUUGAAAUAUUCUAUUCAAAGUUAAUAUAAACAGUUCCAACUAAAGUCUGUUGAAAAAAAUGGGAACGCUUACUUUUGCAGGCCAUAUCUCAGCUGUUAGAAGUCCGGUUGGAAAAAUUUGUUUAUCAUUAGACAGAUACGUCUAUCUCAACAUAAAUAAAACAGAAAACUUUUCAUUUACACUUUGUUAAUGAAAGUUAUGAUCACAAACGUAACCAAAAGUCCAAGCAUAAAUUAUCGAAAACUUCGUAUUUUCCACAUAUCAUUAAAUUCAAAGCGACGACAUAUGCAUUUUUGUAUACCAAUAUAUUGCAUUUGAUUACGGGAAAAAAUAGUUUUAAAUUUACCAAAGAAAAUCAAAAAAUUAGAUAUUUCACAGAAAUUUCAAAAUUGAAAUAAAAUUACACCUGUUUGACGCUUAGCAUGAACUUCAUAUCGAACAUUUAGGCAUUGUUGAUCGAUUGAAUAUUGCUUCACAUAAAAUUUUUAACAGAUAAAGGGUGAUUUUUUAAGAGCUUGAGAACUUUUUUAAACAAUAAACCGCAUAAAAUUUGCAAAAUCUCAUCGGUUCUUUAUUUUAAACGUUAGAUUGGUACAUGACAUUUACUUUUUGAAGAUAAUUUCAUUUAAAUGUUGACCGCGGCUGCGUCUUAGGUGGUCCAUUCGGAAAAUCCGCUUUUUUAUCGACAAAUUUUGUUCAGCGAUGAGGCUCAUUUCUGGUUGAAUGGCUACGUAAAUAAGCAAAAUUGCCGCAUUUGGAGUGAAGAGCAACCAGAAGCCGUUCAAGAACUGCCCAUGCAUCCCGAAAAAUGCACUGUUUGGUGUGGUUUGUACGCUGGUGGAAUCAUUGGACCGUAUUUUUUCAAAGAUGCUGUUGGACGCAACGUUACAGUGAAUGGCGAUCGCUAUCGUUCGAUGCUAACAAACUUUUUGUUGCCAAAAAUGGAAGAACUGAACUUGGUUGACAUGUGGUUUCAACAAGAUGGCGCUACAUGCCACACAGCUCGCGAUUCUAUGGCCAUUUUGAGGGAAAACUUCGGAGAACAAUUCAUCUCAAGAAAUGGACCGGUAAGUUGGCCACCAAGAUCAUGCGAUUUGACGCCUUUAGACUAUUUUUUGUGGGGCUACGUCAAGUCUAAAGUCUACAGAAAUAAGCCAGUAACUAUUCCAGCUUUGGAAGACAACAUUUCCGAAGAAAUUCGGGCUAUUCCGGCCGAAAUGCUCGAAAAAGUUGCCCAAAAUUGGACUUUCCGAAUGGACCACCUAAGACGCAGCCGCGGUCAACAUUUAAAUGAAAUUAUCUUCAAAAAGUAAAUGUCAUGUACCAAUCUAACGUUUAAAAUAAAGAACCGAUGAGAUUUUGCAAAUUUUAUGCGUUUUAUUGUUUAAAAAAGUUCUCAAGCUCUUAAAAAAUCACCCUUUAAUUCUAUCAUAUUUACUAAAUAUUUCAAAAAAUUUUGUAUUUAUUUUUUGAAUCUUAGAGUUUUUUGUGACUUGGCUAAGCACGCAUUCAAGAAUGUUCGUGUACCAACCGAUUAAAAAAAAAUUUCUUGAUUUCGAGUAGUGGCAAGAAGCAAGAUCUUGCCAGAAGACAACAGGAUCCUUGUGGCUUCGAAUCAUGGGUAGAAGUCGUUUGUGAAAACAUUCCUUGAUGUAUAUUUCGGUGUUUAUUGAAGCUGUGGUGAUGAAGGGUUUCGAAAUCUUACCGCAGCUACAAAUUGCUUGCCAGACCAUAGCCUUCUUACCAAUUUUUUCGACUUCAAUCGAUGUCUCGGACUGAUUUAACACUUGCCCUUCUUGCACCGUAUAAUAUUGUGUACCCGGCAAGGAUUUGUAAUCGAGUUUCACGUAGGUUUCGUCGUCCAUGAUUAUGCAGUUCAAAUUUCCAGCAAGAAUCGUAUUGUACUGCUUUCGAACCCUCGGCUUGAUCGAUGCUUCUUGUUUCGGACUACGUUUUGGUUGUUUCUGCUUCUUAUAGGUUCGAAGAUUCAAACGUUCUUUAGCACGAAGAACAUUUGACUUCGAAGUGCCCACUUUUUUGGCCACAUCCCGAACUGAAACCUCCUUCUUUUGCUCGAACGCCUUCAGUACACGUUUAUCCAACUGAGGGUUAGCAGGACCUUUUUUUCGACACGUUUUCGGUUUAUCCUCAAAGGUGUUAUCCUCACCGAACUUCCUGAUCGCAUUUCGCACGGCUUUUUCACUUACUCCUUCCAUUUUUGCUAUCUUUCUCAGUGACAGUCCGCGUUCUGUGCACCAUUUGUACACAAUUUUUCGACGUUGUUCUGCUGAAAGUCCUCGCAUUUCGAAACAAACUAAUGAAAACGAAUAAACAACUGCACAAGUGGUUAGAGAAGAGUGUAAACAACAGGACCCAGCCAGAUUCUGAACCAUUGCGAAAAGGCAGCGGUUUUUAGUUGCUUCCAUACUUUAUGGGACAGUCUUUAUUUUUAUAGAUAUUUUAAACAACUCAAGCAUUCGAAGGAAAUUGCAUCAGAAUUGUUAAACGUCGAAUAAAUUUUUAGUGAUUGGUCAAUCAAAUCAAUUUUCUACCCUAGAAAAGAGCAAAUCUGCAAUAAGAAAGCAUGCGUGCCAGUUUCAUUUGUAUUCACGUCAUCCAGUAAUGUUUUUGACAACAUUUACCUAUCUUUUCUAGUCAGGUUUCUCGUUGGGUACUGACGAUAGUUGGAAAGUAUAGGUUCAUAAAAGGUCGAUAGGUCAAAUUAAAAUACGGCAAUCAGGAAUGUGAUAUUGAAGCAUCGAUGAGUUUGGAUCAGCUAACUUCCAAAGUAUAGAAAAAGAACCUAGAAAAUCGUCUCUGAUAUUCGAUAUUCGGUGAUCUGCUGUACAAACUGCUUGCCAAAUGAAGAAAUACGCACAUAUUGUCAAGUUAGAACCGUUGGUGUUGAAACUCGCAGUUACGCUUAUUAGUCACCAAUUAUUCCUAUUUUUGACUGCUACGUCCCUACUUUCUCACUAAGAAAAAUUAGCAGUGCAAUUCAGCUAUUUACUUCGACUGUUUAUUUACAGUAGUCGAAUUGUGAAUUUCUGAAAAUAUGGUUAUUCUAUGAGCUCACAGCACCGAGCCGCCACAUUUUGAAUUAACUUACUCACGACGUUGAGAGUAAAACCAAAAGUGAUGAAAUGAUCCACAUGAGCAGACUUUUUUUCAUUUCCUAAAUGCCUUUGUAAAUAAUCAAUUGGAUUGCCAUAGCAACCAUUGUUGCUAUAAAAUUUGCCUAGGAAAAUCCAAGGGUUACUGAGAACGAGUUGACAAUGUGUUCAGAAUACUUCAUCGGUGUAAAGUUCCACUCCCUUAAGCUCAAAUCGUAUUUGGAAGGAGAAUUCGGUUUACUGUCCGAAUAACAUCUUAUCCUGAAAAUCAAAUGAAUAAAUUUUCAGGGAAAAAAACUCGACAGGGCUAUUUGAUUCCAACACUUGAAAACAACCCUUCCGUACGACAAAAAAAAAACGAAACAUUUGUAACUAAUGUCCUGAACUCACAAAACACAAUCACUGAAACUGACUGAUUUUCACUUAUUUCCUAGCACAAGCGAAGUAAAUACAUUAGAAAUACAUGAUAUUAGUAGCAAACAUCUGUUGUAGAAACAAAGUAAACAUUAAAGAGACACUAAUGAAACCCAUUGCGAAAAAGGAUGGGCUUCUAGAUUAGAAAGAAAACAGGAAAAAAACCGACACGAAAAAGGCUGUCAAUUACAGGGUGCAGAGCAACAAACAGUAGAUCAAACGAGACCAAUAACAACAACAACCACAGCAGGUUCGACGGAAAAUUGCUACAAUCAAACCAGAAUGAUAGCGAGGAAAGUACGAAACGAAAGAAAAGUUUCAAUCAGUAUUCAGGGAAUAGAAGAAAAAAAAACGCGAGUGAUGGGCAAGAGAUAUUUUUGGAACCCGCUUUUGAUGGCCCUAAUAUUUACCGUUUAAACGUAGCCUACAAUUACUAGGAAGCAAGAAAGGAAAGUAGGAAAAAUGAGUAGAUGAAAAGCCAAACAAGAAAAAAAAAUACUGAAAAGAACGCAGCUGGACAGGUCCCAUUGAAGAUGAUUAGCAUCUCGUUCCGGGAAGGCAGUUGUUUAUUGUGUAGUUGCUCCGUUGACGAAAUGACAAAAGUGUAUAGAAAUGUUCACACCUGGGUUCGCAAACAAAAAUACCUAUCAAAUAAGCAGAUUUGUAAGACGAAUGAAAAUUAGUACGAAAAUGAAAAUAUGUUAGUCUAUAAAUUGUUGACACUUGCUGGAAUUUAAGACAAAUUGAAUGAAUGGAAUCAAACCAAAGAUAACUAAAAACAAUUGGAUCGGGAAACAUGUUUCCGAAAUGGGGAAAAUAGAGUAUGUAUAUUCUA